CCCGCCGCCCAGUCCGCGACCCGGCGCGCCCCGACCUGCGCUCUGAGCCCGGCUUCUCGGCGGCGGCGGCGCGUCGGCCCCUUCCCGCCAGGCAUGCCGUUCGUCGAGGUGGACACCAACUUGCCCGCCAGCCGUGUGCCCGCGGGGCUGGAGAAGCGGCUGUGCGCGGCCACUGCAGCCAUCCUGGGCAAGCCCGAGGACCGCGUGAACGUAACGGUGCGGCCGGGUCUGGCCAUGGCGGUGAACGGCUCCCCCGAGCCCUGCGCGCAGCUGCUCAUCUCCUCCAUCGCAGUGGUGGGCACCGCCGAGGAGAACCGUGCCCACAGCGCCCGAUUCUUCGAGUUCCUCACCAAGGAGCUGGACCUGGGCCAGGAUCGGGUUAAAGUUUCUUUCUGGGUGAAAAAUAUUCCUGAGCCAACCCCAUGCCUAUGAGGAACUAAGAGCAUGAGAAACUUGAAAGAACCUUCCAGAAUGGAUCCUUUGUUGGCCUAAGAGGCCUAGUGAGGAAUGGUGACUCCUGGGAGUGCUCAGACCUGGUCUUCAAGUCGGGAUGAGGUAAAAAUUGUAAGAACGAUAUGUAACAUGUGAAUGGUUACCUGUGCCAGGUUAUCUAUAGAUACCUAACAUUGCAUGUUCCCAUUUGAUCCACGCAAUCUCUGUCCCUCUGUUCAUAUCACCUUGUGCAGACAUGCCAUCCCUGUGAGGUUUACAGAUGGGAAAACCAAAGCUGUCACACCAACCCUUCCCCUACCAUCCCUCAGGCUACCCCAAGUAUCUUACUCUUUACCAGGAACUUCCCAUCACUUCUGUGAGAGGGGCGUGUUGUGCACUCCAUAGACAUUAGUGGGGGGCGGGGGGGGGGGUGUCAGGUCACCCUGUGUCUGGUUUUGAGGUAACUUUGAGAAAACAGAAGUGCCAGGGGGUACUGCACAUGCCCCCAGGGAGCUUGCAGUUUGAGAGUGAGUGGGCUACCCACAGAGCAUGCAGUGACCCUAGAGGCUCCCUUCUGCCCCUGAGGGGCCACAGUGGGAGAUCAUUAAUGGGCUAAGGUAGGCUGCUCUGGGAGUCCAGGGUAGGAGUGCCCAGCUAGCAGUCUUGGAAUAUGAGGCAUUAGCCAAGGAGCUGAUUACAUGUUUUUUGC